AGGCGAGAAAUUCUUUUCUGAGAAAAAGCGAGAGAGAUGUCGCUGGUGGACUACGCUUCGUCAGACGAGGAAGAUGAAGCAGUGGGGAGAGAAGAAGGUCGCCACAACGAUAAUCUUGUAAUUUCACACACGAAGCCGUCCCAUCAUCCUCCCAAUCAGAAAGCGACAAGGUUGCCAGUCCAACAAUCAGAUAACUCUAUAAAUCAUUCAGAGUCUUCUACUUUUAGGCUGCCUGAUGCGUCGCUUCUCUUGGAUUCCCCUUCUCUGCCAUCCAGUAUGAUUGGAAGCUAUGACCACACUUCUCGAGUCGCAGCUGCCAUGGCUCAAAAUGAAUCACGCAAAAGAGAUUCCAAGGAAUCGACUGCUUCUUAUCCUCGUGGGAAAAUUCCAAGAGGGAACUUGCCCCAUUCAAAACAUGUUCCAGAGACAGCGUUUGGUCUUCUUCGUCCACCUCAGCUUAGUGGCAGGAGUAAUGUGGUUACAGAAGAUAUAACCAAGUUAUUUACGCGAAGAAAUGGGUCUGAGCCCUCCUCUUCGUCUAGCAGAUCGACCUCCGGGUAAUUUCUUUGUAACUUGUAAAGUAUGCAAGGAUUCAUGAAGACAGAUAUAUUUUGCAAUUUGGAAUGGUUAGUUAUCAAGAAUAGCAGCAGACACAUGUUUUGAGUAGGAUUUUGUAGAGCUGGAUAUAAAUUCUGUUGAUCUUUAUACAAAGAUUCAGUUGUUCUCUCUA